AUGCAGAAGUUCGCGCUUGCUGAUGAAGAUUAUCAGUAUAAGAUACCAUACAUUUUGUCCGCGAAGAAUCUUACUGGUGAUAACCUUCUCCUCUAUGCAUCGCCGUGGAGCGCUCCAGGUUGGAUGAAAUCAAAUGGACACAUGAAGGGUGCAGGAACGCUAAUGGGUGAAAUGAAUGGGAAAUACUACCUGUUCUGGUUGAUGGAAUAUGCUAAACAUAAUAUAUCGUUCUGGGGAAUGACAUUACAAAACGAGCCGACUUCUGGAGCUCUGCCUUUUUACAGAUGGCAAACAAUGUUUUUCACAGCUCAGAUGCAGCGGUAA